CCCUGAUCCCAGCGGCCGGGGCGGCAGCGCCAUGGGCGACGCGGUGCCCCCCAACGCCUCGCUCAACGCCUCGGCCACCAACCAGUUCGUGCAGCCGCCCUGGCAGGUGGCCCUGUGGGCCACCGCGUACGCGCUGGUGGUGGCCGUGGCCGUGGUGGGCAACGCGGUGGUGAUGUGGAUCAUCCUGGCGCACAAGCGCAUGCGCACGGUCACCAACUACUUCCUGGUGAACCUGGCCUUCGCCGAGGCCUCCAUGGCCGCCUUCAACACGGUGGUGAACUUCACCUACGCCGUGCACAACGAGUGGUACUACGGGCUGCUCUACUGCAAGUUCCACAACUUCUUCCCCAUCGCCGCCGUCUUUGCCAGCAUCUACUCCAUGACGGCCAUCGCCCUGGACAGGUACAUGGCCAUCAUCCACCCGCUGCGGCCCCGGCUCUCGGCCACGGCCACCAAGGUGGUCAUCGGCGUCAUCUGGCUCCUGGCCUUCCUGCUGGCCUUCCCGCAGGGCUACUACUCGGUGACGGCGGAGCUGCCGGGCCGCCUCGUGUGCCUGGUGGAGUGGCCGGAACACGACACCAACCUCUAUGGGAAAACGUACCACUUCUGCAUGACCAUCCUCAUCUACGUGCUGCCGCUGCUGGUCAUCGGCUGCGCCUACACCGCCGUGGGCAUCACCCUGUGGGCGAGCGAGAUCCCCGGAGACUCCUCCGACCGCUACCACGAGCAAGUGUCGGCCAAGAGGAAGGUGGUGAAGAUGAUGAUCAUCGUGGUGUGCACCUUCGCCUUCUGCUGGCUGCCCUACCACGUCUACUUCACCCUGCAGUACUUCAACCCCGAGUGGUACCUGCAGAGGUUCAUCCAGCAGGUCUACCUGGCCAUCAUGUGGCUCGCCAUGAGCUCCACCAUGUACAACCCCAUCAUCUACUGCUGCCUCAACGACAGGUUCCGCGUGGGCUUCCAGCGCGCCUUCCGCUGGUGCCCGGGCGUGCGCGCCGCGCGCUACGAGGGCCUGGAGCUGCGCUCGGGCCGCGGCGCGCACGCGCAGAGCAGCGCGUACCGCGCGAGCCGCGCCGACACCACCGUGUCCUCGGCGCCCGCCGACGCCGACGAGGGCACCGCCGCCAAGCGCCUCUCCGCCGACGUCGCCUCCAACGGCUCCUCGCGCAGCGACUCCAAAACCGUCUCCGAAAGCUGCAGCUUCUACUCCAACACGCUCGCCUAGGCGCCCCGCGGCCCUUCCCCGCACCCCACGCUGCCCCUCGGGGACG